GCGGAAUAUGAGACAUUGCCUAGUUCUUUCUUGAUUGUCCCUCGAUCUGGCCGCGGUGGAAAGGAUAAACAGUAAAUCUGACUUUGUGCAAAUGCGAAUCCGCCAGGCCCUGAAUGCCUACUUGUAGUAAGUAAGCACACUGGCGGUAUCACCACCCCCACCAUGUACGCCCAGGCAACCGAGUGAACCGAGCAGGACAAGGACGGAUUGCUGCUUGCGCUACGAGAUGGUUUGCGGUCAUGGUGUCAUGAUGGAUAGUAUGGUAUAUAGGAAGCCAGGCAGCAACACAUCGGUGUGUCGAAUCUAGCCAAUGUGAGGAGGCUAGUGACGGGAUGAGCAACGGCAAACUCCGUGACAGGAACGUUGAACUCUGGAUUCAGGCAAAGCGACAGAGCCGAAGGAAUCUGAAAUCUAGGCUGCGAAGGUAAGACGGCUGUUGAUGAUGGGCCGUUGCCAUGGAGCCCGGGAUGCACGCGUACAUACAUGGAGUAACUAUCAUGUACGAUUAUGCUGAGGGAUCGAUCCGUGGUUGAUUGGACAACCCCACCUGGACUAAGCAUCGACUCGGCCUUGGUCGUCGGUGAAAUUACCUUAGCCUUUGCUACCACCACCACCGUUGCUCAUAGCCACGGACAGAGCUAGCAACGGCUCUUUGGAUCGAAUAUCGCGCAAAGCCUCGGGAGCAAUGGAUUGACAACGUUUGGUGCUGUGAAUCCCAGGCGGGGUUCUCGGGGCCACGGCGGGACAUCUGAUUCAUCAUGGAGAUCGAGGCCGCAUUCAACCAAGAUAGUGUGCUUGCACUCCCUUGUGAUUCGCGGCCCUCGAAAACAUACGAUAUCUACCCCCCCGAAGAAUAUGUACUUGGCCUGCUGCAGGGCGUUUUCGCUCCAGGACAACUAGAAUGCAAUCGUCCAUGUCCCGUUUCGAGGUGCCGCCACGUCUUCAUCCAGGUGCAGCGCAUCGAGGCCAACAUUGACAGGAGUAACCAUGGUCGACGUUUGCCUUGCUCCUAGAGCGCGUAGGUACGAAUUAGCGCCCAUGUAUCUACAUAGGUAUGUGUCACUUU